CAAUGAUUUAAUAUCGUUUAAAUUUUUGUUCAAAUAAGUUAUAUUUUGCUCGUCAAUUGUAUAGGCGAGUUUUUUUUUAUCAAAAUUUAAAUAAUGAAGGCCAAAGUUUUCGUACUUACAUUCCUGUGCAAUUUGUUUUUCUUAACGCAAGCAACGAUCUCUAGUGAAAAUAAUGAAAAUAUCACAAUACUAAAUGAAACAGCUUCGAACUAUACUAUCAAACAUGUUGUGGAUGGUAAGCCCAUUGUAAUUCACACCCAACUUGAACAUUAUGACCAACCAACGUUGAAAGAGUACCAAGAGUGCCAUGAGAAUCUAGAAAAAUGCAAAGAAGUGUGCGAAGGCGUCAAAGAUCCAGCGAUAUGUGUUAAGGAGUGUCCAGUUUGUCCGUUUCUAGUAAAAGAGAAAAUUGUAGUACAGGGCAUUAACGAUACUGACUUUACACCAAUGUCAGCAACGCCCCUAAAUACCACAAAUAUAAUACGAGUGACUAAUCAAAUUCGGAAUAUUAUUGAAAGUCGUCAAGGCAAUAUAACGCAUCGUAAUGAAAAUAUUGUCCAUGUACAUCAGAAUAUUUCGAGAGUAGGUGGUAAAUAUGGUCUGGGCUAUAAAAACACCGAUCCAUGUUGCAUAAUUGUGAGAUCAUCGAAAAAUUGUGAAAAUAAGCCAUUAUCGACAGCAACCCGCUGCCAUCACAAACGUCAUCGGGUCUGUGGUAAACAAUGUAAAUCACGUGUGAUGAUAGCCAAUCGUGUGACUUUAUGUGAAAACCCAGAUCCAUUUGAUGCAAAUGAUGACUAUAGUGAAGAGAAUUGUCGCGAAACUGUAAAAUAUGUUCCAUAUCAGUCCCGUAGGAAACAUAAGGUUAGAUCGCAAAAUAAAUGCACAUACGUACCUUCUUGGCCAUAUGUUGUAUGUGGCCAAAAUGGAAACAGUUAUGGACAUUCCGUAUGUAGGCGUUGUCAACGUUUAACAUACAGCUAUAUCUUGCAACGAGGAAUUCCAGCUCAGUGCAGCAGAUGUUUCAUGACAUAUUCCAGACCUAAUUCCGAAAUGUAUCCGCCGUCAUGGUAUCCUCCUAUGGGACCUCAUAUUGAAGACAAUGAUUUUGAGUUCGAAGAUGAUUUGGAUUUGAAUCAGGGUGAUUGGCAACAAGAUAAAACUAAGUGUAGAUUACCUAAUGGCAUCAUAAGUGAAAACUGCAAUGACUUCGAAGGUAGCGAUACAGAUUCGCCUCCCACUACUGCCGGUUCUUUUGCACAUUUGCCAGAGGCACAGGAUGAAUAUAUGGAAUAUGAUAAUUUCGACGACGUUGAUUUUGAGGAAAACCCACGCAGACGUCGUCAUAUUUUUACCAGAUCUAAGUACAGUCGUCGACAUAUGCAAUAAAUAGGUAUCUGUCUGUUUUUAAUUUUCGGAAAGUACAGAGUAGUGAUUUAGUGGAGAUUGGAAUGAGCAAUUCGCAAAAAUCUAUUAUUUAUAGCCCAUUCACAUACACCUGUUUAUCAUGAUUAUCACUCUACGGCAAAAAGGUGUUCACAUAACUUUUGGCUCGACUUAAUUGACAUUAUUUUGAAACACACACAUACUUACACAUUUAUAUACAGGUAGGCCUCCAUUUACGCGAUUUGUUGGGACCAAGAAGCGUGUAAAUCAAAUUCGCGUAAAACGAGGUUCUAAUUUAGAACGAAAUGCUUUUGUGGGGCCAAUAAUUUUUUAUUUCGUUUAAAACAAUACAUAAGUCACAUAACAAAAAAUAAAUUGGGACCUAAAAAUCGCGUUAAAUAGAAAACACAUACAUAUGUACAUACAAUCACCUUUAUGAAAGCGGACAUUACUGCACAAAAAUUCAUAAUCGAGUUUUUGAUUGAUUGAACAAUUGCCAAGAAUACUCUCUUAUUAUACGUUAUAAUAUCCUGUAAAAACAAUAAAAAUGUUGUUACGUCCGUUUGCAUUUAAGGCGACGAUAUAUACUUUAAGGGUCAUUAUUACAACUUGCCUUUAUUUGUACUUUUAAAAACUUACUUAAAACAAAAGUGAAGUAAAAAAACUCAACUAAAAAAAUUAUUUCUUAUCGAAAAUUAAGGAAAAAAUUUCAAUUAAAAAAAUAAAAUAUUCAAAACAUAACAAAAAAUUCAUAAAAAUUAACAAAGUUUUCAAAAAAGAAAUCUGUUAUUCGCUUGUUUUUUUUUCGUUUCUUGUUGUUUGUUGCCGCGUUAUUAAAAAUCGUGUAAACAAAGUCGCGUAUUUCAAAAAAUGGUUGCUAAUUUGAGUUUGCGUUAUAUAGAAUUCGCGUAAAUAAAGUACCGCGUAAAUGGAGGCUUACCUGUAUUUGAAAAUUUGCACACAAAAAGACGUUAGACAUAAGAAAUAUCUAAAAAAACAUUAUAUUCAGCUAUUAAAUUACAAUAAAAUUUAAAAUAACACACAUAUUGUUUACGAAGGUGAAGGGUAUAAUAAACAUUUGAACAUUUGAA